AUAAUUUCUCUGAGAAACGGAGCAUGUAAUCUCAAACCGCGUUCUCAUUUUAAAUGCAGUAACAACAAUUGUGUCACGAUGCCAUUCAGCAUGAUGGAUGAGCUGGUGCAUGACCUGGUGUCAGCCCUGGAGCAGACCUCAGAGCAGACCAAGCUAGAGGAACUCUGGGAGGAAAUGGUUCUGAGCCCUCUGCAGCAGCGCAGGCAGAUCCGACGGCGCCGGGGACGUAAACGCCGCUGUGACUCCUCCCUCCACCCCUUGGAGCACGGACGUUGCCUCAGUGAGGCCUCCGAGUCCAGCCUGGACGAAGCAGCCAAGGACUGCCGGGAGAAUGCUGCCCCGGCCCCCUCCGCCGCCAACUACAGCGACUCAGACGACAUGGUAAUGGCCAAGCGCUGGCCCUCCUGCUCCAGCAACAGCUACGCCAUCAAGACCAAGCAGCACUCCUGGCCUGAGUCGGACUCCUUCACAGAGAACACCCCGGGACGGCCACUCAGGAGGAGGCGGAAGGUCAAACGCAUGACCUCCGAUGUGACGGUCAGCCUGCAGCAGAAGUUGACGGUGUCAGGGGUGGAUGGCGAGCGGGGCGGAAACCACAGAUCGUCCAAAAAGCAGCGUCUGUCCAGGCUGAAAAAGGGGGCUGGAGGCUGGGUGGGAGUGGGUGUGGACAGGGAGGCUGAUGGAGUGGGCCUCAGGGCAGAGGAGUGCUGGAAGGAUAAGAUCCCAUUGGUCCUGGAGGCCAAGGAGCAGCGAGAGGCUUCUGAUGAGAACAUGUCUGAAGGUGAAACUAGCAGUAUAUGCAGCAGUGAUCCUGGCCUCUUCACUAACGAUGAGGGAAGACAAGGUGAUGAUGAGCAGAGUGACUGGUUCUUUGAGGGGGAGUGUGGAGCAGGGGGGAUGGGCAUUCCCAGCCUGCUGCCCAGCUGGGACCCAGAUACUCCUCCUGUCCUGGAAGUACCAGACUCAGCUCCACCCACCUUCCUACAGCCUGCACGGCCCACUCAGAGAGGGUACCAUGCUCGUCUGAACCGGUUGCCUGGCGUGGCUGCCCGCUGCAUCAGGAAAGGCCGGAGGAGGCUGCCCAGCAAGGACAACAGUAUGUCAGUGUCUAUGGAGAGAAUGAAGCAUUUCUCUCAGGACCCCUAUCAAUGGCUGCCUUCCAUUGGAAAAAGAGACCGGAGCCAGUUCAACCCUCUGUGUCCGUUACCUGUUUAUCCCAUUGACAUGGUGCCAGACAGCUCCCAUCGGAGAUGCUCCUCUUCCAUCUGCAAAACCAGGCAGACUAACGUCCAUCUGGGACUGCUGUGCACAGGAGACAUCAAGAGGAGGAGGAAGACCACUGCUGUCUCUGUCACAACAACAUCAGCAUGUAUCCCCUUCCAUAAAGAUGACCUGGGAGAGGCAGAAGGAUCCAGCAAGGACACCUCCACCUCCUCCACCUCUCUGAGCAUGGAGUCUGCAGGCCCUGGGCCCUCCACGUCUGACAAGCAGGACUUCAUUAAGCCUGGGACUUUAUUUAGACCUAGCCCCCAGAGGGAGGAGGACUGAGGGAGAGAGAGAGAGAGAGAGAGAGAGAGAGAGAGAGAGAGAGAGAGAGAGAGAGAGAGAGAGAGAGAGAGCUCUGAAUCAGCAUUGUGCUGCUGGAUCAAGUCUUUCCAUCUAGCAUUUAAAGGAUGAAUAAUGUUAAUGCAAUCAAGCCCUGUUAAUCACUCCGUAGCCAGCCAUUUCCUUGAAGAGCCUCCUCGUCUUGCUACUCCAGACUGCAGCACCAGCCAGGCACCUCCUCCUGUCUCUACACUACACAGUCUCCAGGCCACCUGCCCAUUACUCAGGCCCAACAAUUAUGUCUUCUUUGUGUUGCCUGGCAUUUGUCAGCAGGGACACUGAAAUGAUGGUCAGGGAGGGUUGAGUGGUUGGGGGUCUGCUCUGCUGAAAGCCUGGGAGAAGUGGGACCAACAGGUCUGCUCUGUAGCGUAUGUAGCAGCUGACCGAUAGAAGAGCAUCAGAAAGUUCUGCUUUAGAGAGGUGACCACCGAGAGAGAGCGGGAUAAAGCACAGGUCUCCUAUUAGCAUGGAUUUGUAAAGCUACACUGGCUACAAUGCCUCUGAUUAGCACAACAGAGAGGGGCUGUGGCUGCGCUCCUCGGAGGGGCCUCUUUGUUCUCUUCAGCUCACCUUCCUUAUUCAAAUUUCAUAACACAUUCAAGUUCAAGGCAAGGCGCACAAUCCGUUUUCAAAACCCCAGUUUUUAGUGGAAAGCGGUUGUUUUGUGACUGACUGGGCUAAUGUUGAGAGUAGAGAGUGUGUUCAAAGUCAGGUGGAGAGGGAUGGGGGAGGAGGAGAGGAGGGUAAAUAAAAGUAAUCUCCACCGUGUUUUAAGUGGCACACAGAGAGGAACCCUGGUGUCUCUAGCUAGCUGUGAGGCUGGGCUGUGACUGGCUAACCUGGCAUUACCUGGUAUGUGUAUGGGUGGUCCUCUGUAGCUCAGCUGGUAGUGCACGGCGCUUGUAACGCCAAGGUAGUGGGUUCGAUC